AUGGCUCAUCUCAAGUUCCUCGUUGGCAUUUUGGCUGCCGUGUCCGCGUCCCAAGCAGCGCAGCUUCUCAAUUUCCAGAACCAAAAAGAUGUCAUUCCCAACUCCUAUGUCGUCGUGAUGAAUGAUGGGGUUUCGGCCCUGGAUUUCGAGUCCCAUGUCAAAUCGACGAGGAGCGUUCACGACGCGAACACACGGAAACGAGGCAUUGCGUUUCCAACCGGUGGAGUGAAAUUCACCUAUGAUAUCGCUGGCUGGCGAGGAUACAGUGGGAAAUUCGACAAUGAGACGUUACAAGAGAUCAUCAAGGACCCCAAGGUCAAAUAUGUCGAACCCGACCGUAUGGCCAAGGCACUCGGAUGGGUGACGCAGUCGAAUGCUCCAACCUGGGGCCUUGGUCGGAUCUCGCACAGGAGCAAAGGUGUUCGCGAUUAUGUUUAUGACUCUUCUGCGGGUGAAGGCGUCACGAUGUAUGCCGUCGACACUGGCGUUGAUAUCUCCCACCCUGAAUUCGAAGGGCGCGCAACCUGGGGUAUCAAUGUUGCAGACAACGUUAAUACGGACCAGCACGGUCACGGAACACACACUGCCGGCACGCUCGCCGGGAAAACAUAUGGUGUUGCCAAAAAGGCCAAACUCGUCGUGGUCAAGGUGCUCAACAGACGUGCUACUGGUAGCGACAGCGGCAUCAUUAGAGGCAUGAACUGGGCGGUCGAUCAUGCGCGGGCAAAUGGGGCCAUUGGCAAGGCCGUGAUGAACUUGAGUAUAGGAAGUCCGGAUUCGUCGGCUUUGAAUGAAGUGGCUACAAAGGUAGCUGAAUCGGGAAUCUUUGUGGCAGCGGCUGCUGGGAACCGCAAUGAGGAUGCACGAAACACAACGCCCGCAGCAGCAGCAAAGGUAUGCGCCGUUGGAGCGUCCGCCGCCAACGAUGUGAAAGCGAGAUUCUCCAACCACGGACCAAUCCUUGCGAUAUUUGCUCCAGGCGUCAGCAUCUUGUCGUCAGUCCCAGGAGGCCGGGCGCGGACUAUGUCUGGCACGUCCAUGGCGGCUCCGCACGUAGCUGGCGUCGCUGCGACUCUGAUUUCAUCUCAAGGCGUCAGGACUGACAAGCUCUGCGAUCGCAUCAAGCAAAUGUCCGCGGCGACGGUUUUGUAUCCUGGAGUGAGCACUACAAAUAAACUGCUGUAUAACGGGAGUGGGCAAUAA